AUGUCCAAUUCCCGCACCCCAUCACCCACCAUCUCCACGGACUCUAUCGACCCCGUCUUCCUGGACGAAGAAGAAAAUGCAUUGGAAGAAGGAUCCGCCGACAACAUCGUCACCUCCACAGGAGCUGGCAAGGGCUACAGUGCCCUGAAAACCCACAACGACCAACUAUACUCAGGCAUGGCGAUUGGCGGCUCACAUACCUGGAACUACGAGCCAGGCAUAUGGAAGGAGACCAAAGAGGAGCCAGAUCUGUGGCGAAUCAAUUACCAGACAAGAAAAAGGCGAUCGAGGAAUGCGCCAACUGGAAGUGGCGCACCUGUUGGGACGGAGUAUCAUUGGUUCAUCGUGGGACAUCAGACACACCUGACAGGGUCCAAGUAUAAGCUGGCGCAUAAGUCUGUCUCGUCUGGGUCAUGGUCUAUACCGACAGUGCAGGGUCAGCGGGAGCGAGAACUUGAGUUAUUGGAUGAUGCGCAGCGGCGUGUUCGAGGGAAACCACCAGUGCUUGCGAGUGAAAGGUUUCGGUCAUCCCCGGUUGAGCAUGGGCAGCAGCGACUUGAUGACUUGUUCGGUAAGGUUAAGAGUCUGCCCAGUCCACCCAAAGAAAAUAGCAGCCCUGGGAGAACUAGAGCUAGUAAACGAAAGCGAAUUUAA